AUGGCAAAUACAAAUAUCAAUAAUUUAAACAACGACUUCGUUAUCAUUUGGUUAGAUAGUACUAUUGAAAAGAACAAAGAUAAUCAAGAUACAGAAGCACUUAUACGACAACUAGUUAGAGGUAAUUUAUUAACAUUUGAUGAUCCAGAUAAAUGUAUUGAUGAUAUAACUGAUCAACCACCAACAAAACGAGUAUUUCUUAUUGUUUCAAAUGCAUUUGGUCAAAAGGUUAUACCACUUAUAUAUGAAUUACCAUAUAUACAAUCGAUAUACAUAUAUUGUGGUAAUCGAAAGAUAGCAGAAACAUGGGUUAAACCAAAUUUAAAAAUCGCUGGUAUAUUCAUACAAAAAAAAGCACUAUUACAUAAAAUUUGUAAUGAUGUUGGUAUAUGUGAUAAUAAAAAUGAAGAUUUACCCAUGAGUAUAUUUCAUCUUACAGAACGAGAAAAUACAUUACGAAAAUUAACUAAAGAAAGUGCAACAUUUAUGUGGUAUCGAUCAAUAUUGAUGGUUCUUCAAUUAAUGGCAAAAUAUGGUAAUUCAAAAGAUGAAAUGAUUACUGAAUGUCGAACAAUUUAUCAUAAUGAUGAAAAUGAACAAAAGAAAAUAAAUGAUUUCGAAAAAAAUUAUUCUCCAACAAAAGCAUUUUGGUGGUAUACAUAUGAUAGUUUUGUAUAUCGAUUAUUGAACAAAGCUUUACGAACACAAAAUAUUGAAGUUAUAUUUAAAUUUCGAUUUUUUAUCAAUGAUCUUCAUAAUCAAAUCAAACAACUUUAUUAUCAAUAUUUAGAUGAUCAUUCUUCUAUUAUUGAUCAUCAUCAUAUAAGAGUUUAUCGUGGUCAACGUUUAAAUAUGAUAGAACUUGAUCUACUUAAACGUAAUGUAAAUGAACUUAUUUCAAUGAACAGUUUCUUAAGUACUACAUUGAAUGAAAAACUAGCGAAAAUUUUUGCAGAUACAAGUGAUCAUUUGAAUGAACCAUCACCAUUACAAUCUGUUCUUUUCAUAAUUGAUAUAUGCAAUAUGAAUAAUGAAAUGACACCAUUUGCAAUUCUUAAAAACUAUUUCUGUUGUCAAGAUGACGAAGAAGAAGUACUUUUUUCGAUAAGUGCUGUUUUUAAAGUUCAAUCAGUUGAACAACAUAGUAAUAUGUGGCAUGUUCAUUUACAACUAAGUCAAGAACAAAAUAAAUUUAGUCAAAAUCUUUUAGAUCACAUGAUGAAAGAAAUUGGAUCGGAACCAGAUCCAUUGUCAUUCGGUUGGUUUCUUUUUCGAAUGAAUGAAUUUAACAAAGCUAAACGUUAUGCGAAAUAUAUGCUUACACAACUUCCAUCGAAUGAUAAAGCAAUUGGAAAUGCUUACAAUUUACUUGGUCUUAUCUAUAAAGAUACAAAUCAACUAGAACAAUCUGUUGAAUGUUAUGAAAAAGCUCUUGAUAUUUAUUCUCGUUUGUGUCGUCGCGAUAGUCCUCAAGUUAUUGCUACUCAUUGUAAUCUUGGUUUGGCUUAUUUGGCAUUAGGAGAUAUUCGAAAUGCAGACGAACAACAAAGACAAGCUGAAGAGAAGUUGUUCAAUGCUUUACAAUCAAAGGAUACAUUACUCAUAGCUACAGUGAAGAGUCUCAAAGCAAAAAUUCAAACAGAAUAUGGUGAUAAUAUAAAUGCUUUGAAAAAUCUUAAACUAAUUCUAGAGAGUAAACUGAAACGAUUACCAUCAGUUCAUCCUUCAAUAGCAUCGACAUUGAGAGCAAUAGGUAUUGUACAUGAAAAAAUGAACAAUAAUGGAAAAGCACUUAGAUAUUUUAAAAAAGCAUUAGAAAUCGGGAAGAAAAGUUUACAACCUGAUCACUUGGAUUUAGUUGAUUAUCAUAUAAAUAUUGGUUGUAUUUAUGAUAAACAAAAACAAUUUAAACUUGCUUUGAAACAAUUUCAAUUAGCACUAAAAAUUAUGAAGGAUUAUUCACGAGACGAUAUUGAUAGGAUUUACACAUUAAAUACAUAUAUUGCUGAGACGAAAAAAAAAUUGUGA